AUGUCUUUAGUAACAGAAGAAAUCAAAUCGAAAUCAGAGGUAUACCAUGGAGAUGAAAUGUGUCAACUGAAAUCCAAAGAGCUUCUUCGAGAAAUCGCUCUCCCUAAUGGUCUCUUACCGUUGAAAGACAUCAUCGAAGUUGGUUACAACAAAGAAACAGGUUUCGUCUGGUUGAAACAGAAGAAUAGCAUAACACACAAGUUUGAGAAGAUUGGAAAACUAGUUUCUUAUGCUACUGAAGUCACAGCUCACGUUGAAAAAGGUAAGAUUAAGAAACUGACUGGUGUGAAAACCAAAGAGCUUUUCAUUUGGAUCACACUAAGUGAUAUUUAUGUUAAUGAUCCACCAACGGGUAAAAUCACUUUUCAAACUCCUGCUGGACUCUUUAAGACUUUUCCAGUUUCUGCUUUUGAAGUUGAAGAGAAAUCAAGUGGUGUGAAAGAAAUUAGCAAAGUCAAUGAAACUGUUGGUGCUGUUAAAGAGGUCUAG